CUCUAAUAUAAACACUACUCAGAAAUUGGUUGAAUCCAGAACUCAAUAACUGCUUCCCGCAGAAAAUCUACUUCGCGUUUUGUAAGACUUAUUCCUCGUGGGUUCCCGUAGAUCUAGUUCUGCGUGACUGCCGGACUGGUAGUUGUGGUGCGUGUCAGCAGUUUGGCAGCGUGAUGUCGGGAGCUGAGGAGCUUUGUGAAUCAGACGUUACCGUGCGCGACGUGCAGCUUUUGAUCAGCAAGAAGGAUGAGAUGGAAGCCGAGAUAAAGGCUUUAUAUGACCUUCUGCAAGAUAAAGGAAUCGGUAUGGAUGGACCACUGGUUGACAGAGAAGGCUACCCUAGAGCAGAUGUAGAUAUUUACCAAGUUCGCACUGCAAGACAUAAUAUCAUCUGUUUGCAGAAUGAUCACAAAGCCAUCAUGAAAAAAAUAGAGCAAUCUCUACACAUACUACAUGCAGGAGAGAAAGAAAAACGUGAAGUCGAGGCCCAGGCUGAAGCACUACAAAGUCACCAAGCACUGCCUGCUGCUUUUGCUAAAGUAGACGUUGUCACUCCAGGCUCUCCUGCCAGCAUGUCAGGGCUGCAAGUUGGAGAUGAGAUCAUUGCAUUUGGGACAGUAAACACAAGAAAUUUUCAGUCUCUCCAGAAUAUUGCUGAAGUAGUGCAACACAGUGAGGGGAAGCCAUUAAGCGUGUCAGUUGUUCGAAAUGAGAAAUUGGUUUCUCUUGCGCUCACCCCUUUGCGAUGGAGUGGAAAGGGACUUUUGGGAUGCAAUAUAAUUCCACUAAAAAGAUGAUUCUAAUUCCAGAAAACUGUUUUCACAUGAAAUGGACUUUGAGCAAAAAAGAUUUGCUUGUUUACAGCCAAAUUGCUUGAUAUAAUCUCAAGUCAUACAGAAAACAUCAUUCCAGAACAACUAUCUUCAACAGCAUAAUGCUGGCUGUAAUGUUUCUUCCUUUUUUUCAGAUUUUUUGGAGUAAAAUAAAAUAUAAUUUAUAAAUCUU